AUGAUUUUCUUCUUGACAGGUGCAACAGCAUUUGAUUAUUCAUACUGUGCACCAAAUUAUCCUUCAUACAAGCCAAAUCAAGAAGCAGAUCUAAUACAAGUGCAGCUCUUAACCAGACAUGGAGCAAGAACACCACUUCACUUAUCUAAAAACUAUUCAAAUCACUGGAAAUGCAUGUAUGAUGACAUGAGAUCAGCAGGAAAUGAUUUUUUACAGCCAUAUCAUGUACACGUUUCUUAUGGAAGUUCAAUUUUCGUUGGAAAUUGCGUUUACGGACAAUUAAUACAUACAGGAAAAGCAGGAUUAGCGAAAUUAGGCAAAUACUUAAAGAAAAUUUAUAUUGAUCAGUUGAAAUUUAUUCCGCCAAAUUUAGAUCAAGAAACAGUAAAAUUCCGAACAACACAAGCUCACCGAACAAUAAAUUCACAGAUAUCGCUUAUAUCAGGCAUGUAUCCUCAUGCAAGUAACGUAGAAAUGUAUAUUGCAGAUAAAAAUUACGAUCCAUGGCGAAGAACAAGCCUACUUUGUCCGAAAUUCGCAAAAUUACAGAAAACUAUACCAGAAGACAAUCAUAUUACUAAUCAAACCCUUCAAGAUAAAAUUAGUAAUAUUUUGGGUGUCGGAUGGAGCUCUACAAACGAUGUGAUGACAUCUGCACUAUGUAAUAACUACAAACUUCCUCCAAAUAUUACUAUGAAAGACGUAGAUGAUGCGAUAGAGCUUAAAACAAAACAGAUGCAAUUUUUUUAUUCCCAUUCUGAUGUUUUUCCUUUGUUUUUCUCGUUUUGUGCAAGCGAAAUGGUCAAUGAGAUGUUGAAAAGGAUGAAUGGAGAUUCAAAUACGAAGUUCAUCCACUGGUCAGCACAUGAUGGAAACAUUUUAGGAUACUUAGGAUUGCUUGGAUACACUGACAACAAAUGGCCGCCUUACGGAUCGUAUAUAUUGACAGAGCUGCUUAGAUUUAGAAGCAAUGGAACAUAUAUUGUUCAGUUUAGAUAUAAUGGAAAACUUCUGAAAAUUCCGAGGUUCAAAAAUGAAACUUUUGUUUAUUUUAAUGAUUUUUUGAAAUUUUUGACAUCAAGUAUGCCAAAAUUCCUUAAUGAAUGUGACUUCAAUACAACACAGUUCAAGAUGAGUGAUACAUUUUAUGUAUCAGCUUAA